AGAAGAUUGAGUCGCUCCAUCCAGCUGCACGCUACCGGUCUGCGCAAGUGGAGCCAACUGGGGGGCUCAGGAUAAAAUGCCUAAAAGCAAUUCCAUUCCAAUUCCUAAACAGCUGGCGUCUAUUAAAGCUCUAGGGAAAGGCUCGGAUCUGGAGAAGGCGAUGGCCACAACAAUCCUUGUAUAUAAUUCCAAUUGCGACGCCGAUGGAAGAAUCAGUAAGAGCGCAGCGAAAGAUCUGCUUCUAACUCAGUUUCAGAACUUUAUAAAGGGACAGGAGACUAAGCCCAAAUACAAAGAGAUCAUUUCUGACCUUGAACAGGACCAAGAUGCCAAAAUAAACUUGGAAGAUUUCAUGAUCCUUCUGCUCAGUGUCUCGCUGCUGUCGGACCUUCUCCAGGAAAUACGAAAAGUCAAAAAUACCAAAUGAGCAGUAAUUAUAAAUAUGUUGCUAAUUAUACAAUGGAGAACCCCAGAGAAGUCAGAGGAGUAUCCCUAUACAGCAUGUCCCACAGGUCCUGCUCUCAUAUCCAUAGUAACUGCUACCCACCGCUGAGGAGCAAUCUGGUGCUGCAUGCUACUCUCCAACAUCCCCUGUCUCCAUAUCCCAAAUGAACUUUCCACCUGAGAGGAGAUCUGUGUCCACCUAAGAGGAUACAUUUCUGUAUUUUGUGUAAUUUUUCAUCAUUAAAUUCAUUCUAUCCUAACUAACUGGUGCCCACCAUUAAGGAACAAUAUGAUACUGCUCUUCCGGAUCACCUACCUUCAUAUCCUGACUAAAUCAUGUUAACCUCUGAAGAGCAAUCUAAUGUUCCAUGUAACUUUCCAUCAUCAAAUGCUCGCCCUUCCUAGCAAAACCAUGUCCACCCAUAAGGAGCAAUAUAAUACUUCAUAUUACUCUCCCACAUCACAUGUCUUCAUAUCCUAGUUAAACAAUGUCCCCCUAUGGGGAGCAACACAUAUAACUUUCCAUAAUCAGAUAUUGUGCUAUCCUAGCUAAACCGCAAAAGCGCAAUGUAAUGUUGCAUGUUACCCACCCACAUCACCUGCUCUCAUAUCAAAGUUAUACCAAAUGCCUCCACUCUACUGCUCUACCACUCUAUUUCUAUAUUACACUGUUCACAUUGCAAAUAAUUCACUCUCCUAUUUAAAAUGUUAUUCUUGAACCAACAAAU